UGUAACGAUAUUACAUGCGAGUCACAUAGAAUAUAAAGUAAUUCGUAUGUACGCGCCUUAAGCACAUACAACGUUUCAAAAUAAAGGGCAAACGCUUAACUCUAGGUGUCACGUCGGUCAAGAUCACCUAUCCGGUGAAAUAAGUGUAACUCUCUCUCUCUGCGAGCCGGGGUCGAAGCGAACGGUCGAUAUAAAGUCUAGUCCUGUCAUAUUCACAUUCUUAUAAUUUCGUUAACAUUUGGGAAAACAAAACAAGUAAAAAAAAAAAAAAAAAAAAAAAAAAAAGGAAAAAAAAAAAAAAAAAAAAAAUUAAGACGACGAUUCAUACCAGAAGUGUAACCCAACGCAAUCCGAAUCUUUCGGAGCCUGUGAGCCUAAAGAACAAAUCCAAAUAUCUGAUCGACGAACGACCACGCAGUAUAAUCGGUGAAGACCGAUUCUAUAAAAGGAAUAUCAAAGAACUUCAACAUCCAUGAUCAUCUACGGAGCCGUUAGGCCACCUCUCUUCAUCAGAGAUAUUCCGAGCUAAGUCAUCUUUUCAUUACUGAUUUGUAGGUGGAUUGUGCCACAAAUCUGUAAUAGCCUUCUUAAGUCAGUAUUUUAUAUCUUCGUCUGUUAACUUUAUUGUAAUCUCACCAUAAUUUAGAGUCCUUUGUCAGUAGAUUCAUUCUUUCACUAGAAUCAUUUUUAAAUUUGAAGCAUAAAGGAAAAGAGAGCCAGUCUUUCGUUAAUGUGGUACAAAAAUUUUACCAGAAUAAUUAUAUACAAAACGUCGGUAAUCGCAUUGAGUAAUUUUAACGUGUGAAUGAAAGAGUGAAUGAGAUUUUCUAUGAUUGCCUGUUCUUUUAAAAGGUUAUACCAAAACUCAAUAAAUCUGUGUUCUACAUUGUUUCCUCCUGAUUUAAUGUAUUUUGUUUAUUGAAUAUAUCUAGAUUUCUAAUAUAACAUAAAAUCAAAACGUAUCGGUUGAACCUCAAAAAAAAAAACCGUUACAAAAUGGCGCCCGAACAUAAAGUUUAGACAUAAAGAAAGUAAACAUAGGAUUAAAUUUGAAACUUCGUCGUUGAAUGUUUGUAUGAUUGACCUUAGGUAGUAAUUGUAAGAAACAUAUAUUACGCGAUAAAUAGAAAUAUAAGAAUUUCAAAAGUACAUGGCACCAACGAUUAAAAGAACACCUGUUAAAACUAGGUCAAGGAUCACAAAUAAACCAAGGAGGUCAGAACCUGACAUAUCAAAAGCAGGCAAUAGUCAAAUACGAAAUAAUACAGGCGAGAUGGAGGGAGAACUGGAGCGUUUGAAGGAGGAAAUGGCGAGUUUCGCGGGUUUACGAAAUACGAUUGAACAGCUACAGGCACAACAAGCAACUAACGCACAGCUGGCAAACGAAGUCGCAUUGUUGAAGCUCCAGAACGAACAACAAAGACAGGCUCUUCAACAGAUACAGAAUCCAGUUCAACAACCAGUUACCAAUAACGAUCAAAUAUCGGUUAAAAUGUGUGAAGGAAGAGUGUAAAUUGUCGAUAGUCGAAAGUAAAUUAUCAGGUAGAGCAAAAAUAUGGUGGGAAGCGAGUAAAGAAACUAUCAACACGUAUAAUGAUUUUAAAGAAGCCUUUAAAAAUAAAUUUUAUUCCAUUCCAAUCCAAGUUAAAGUCAAAACAAAGUGGAGU